AGCUGGAGGCAGGCAAUGGAGGGGGGAGCGAACUUGUGUCACUAUUAAAUGGCACAGCACCGAGUGCACACACAUAGCUUGUGCUGGGACCUUCCUCCAGGGACUGACACCCCCCCCACUUUAUACAACUCUACUCUGAAACUUUUCUUUCUUUAGGAUUAGGAGAUCGCUUCUCUUCUUCACCCCUGGCUGUACUGGAGCAACAAGUGAAUGUGAAGAGGAGGACAGCAGCUGCUGACAUCGUGCUGACUUCAGAUCAGGACUAAGGAUGGAGGAUGAGGCAGUUCUGGACAGGGGGGCUUCCUUCCUGAAGCAUGUGUGUGAUGAAGAAGAGGUGGAAGGUCACCACACUGUCUACAUAGGAGUCCAUGUUCCCAAGAGCUAUAGGAGGAGAAGACGUCAUAGACGUAGUAAAACCAGCCAAAAAGACAAAAAAGACAAAGACAAAUCAGAGAAUUAUUCUGACAUUGAGAAAUCUGACACUGAAAAUGCAGAUGACCAAGGCUCCAACAUCCUUAAGCCUCUCAUCUCCCCGGCUGCAGAACGCAUUCGUUUUAUUCUGGGUGAAGAGGAUGAAGGCCCAGCACCCCCUCAGCUAUUCACUGAGCUUGAUGAGCUACUGUCUGUGGAUGGCCAAGAAAUGGAAUGGAAGGAGACAGCCAGAUGGAUAAAGUUUGAAGAGAAGGUGGAGCAGGGUGGAGAGAGAUGGAGCAAGCCCCAUGUUGCCACACUGUCCUUGCACAGCUUGUUUGAACUGAGGACGUGUAUUGAAAAAGGGACAAUAUUACUUGACCUAGAGGCCAAUUCACUCCCACAGGUAGUUGAGAAAAUCCUUGAUAACCAGAUUGAGACAGGUCUGCUGAAGCCAGAAUUAAAGGACAAAGUGACCUACACACUGCUCAGGAAACACCGACACCAGACCAAGAAAUCGAACCUGCGCUCCUUGGCUGACAUAGGGAAAACCGUCUCCAGCGCAAGUAGGAUGUUUACCAACCCUGAUAAUGGUAGUCCAACAACGCCACACAGAAACCUGACAUCGUCCAGUCUCAAUGACAUUUCGGACAAGCCUGACAAAGAUCAACUGAAAAACAAAUUCAUGAAAAAAUUGCCAAGAGAUGCCGAAGCUUCAAAUGUACUUGUUGGAGAGGUUGACUUCUUAGAGAAUCCCUUCAUUGCCUUUGUCCGACUAAAGGAUGCAGUGAUGUUUGGUGCCCUCACAGAAGUUCCUGUACCAACACGAUUCCUUUUUAUCCUCCUGGGACCAAAAGGAAAAGCCAAGUCAUACCAUGAGAUUGGAAGAAGUAUAGCCACCUUAAUGUCUGAUGAGGUAUUUCAUGACAUCGCCUAUAAAGCUAAAGACAGGCAGGACCUGAUCGCUGGAAUUGAUGAAUUUUUAGAUGAAGUAAUUGUGCUUCCACCUGGGGAAUGGGACCCAACAAUAAGGAUAGAACCGCCAAAGACUCUUCCCUCAUCUGAUAAGAGGAAAAACAUGUAUUCUGGAGGGGAGAAUGUACAAAUGAAUGGAGACGCUCCUCAUGAUGAUGGUCAUGGUGGUGGAGGACACGGUGACGUUCCAGAAUUAAGGAGAACUGGACGGUUUUGUGGGGGGUUAGUUGAGGAUAUCAAGAGAAAGGCACCUUUUUUUGCAAGUGACUUUUACGAUUGUCUAAGCAUCCAGUCACUUUCAGCCAUGCUCUUCAUUUACCUGGGAACUGUGACCAAUGCUAUUACCUUCGGAGGUCUUCUUGGAGAUGCUACAGAAAACAUGCAGGGUGUAUUGGAGAGCUUCUUGGGCACUGCUGUCUCAGGUGCUGUUUUUUGCCUUUUUGCUGGCCAGCCGCUUACAAUUCUGAGCAGCACGGGUCCUGUCCUUGUGUUUGAGAGACUGUUAUUUACCUUCAGCAAAGAUAACAGGCUUGACUACUUAGAGUUCCGCUUGUGGAUUGGCCUGUGGUCAGCUUUCCUGUGUCUCAUAUUGGUGGCAACAGAUGCUAGUUCCCUGGUCAAGUAUUUUACACGGUUCACUGAAGAAGGCUUUGCCUGUCUUAUCAGCUUCAUCUUCAUUUAUGAUGCUUUUAAAACAAUGAUCAAGUUUUCACAUUACUACCCAAUCAACUCAGAUUUUACAGUCUAUGAUGCUACAUUGUUUAACUGUGCCUGCCUCCCGAAGGAUCCAAGUAACAGCUCGAUGUUUAAUGAGACCACAGGAUCCCCCCUGGAAUUCCUGAAUACCACUGAGGAUCUGCACCACAACUACACCAUUGACUGGUCAUCUCUGGACAAAAAGCAAUGUCUGAAAUAUGGAGGCCAGCUUAUUGGCAGCAGCUGUAACUUUGUUCCUGACAUCGCUUUAAUGUCUUUUAUCCUGUUCUUUGGCACAUACACAUGCUCUAUGGCUUUGAAAAAGUUCAAAACCAGCCGCUACUUUCCAACCAUGGCCAGAAAUCUGAUCAGUGACUUUGCCAUCAUUUUAUCCAUUUUCAUUUUCUGUGGAAUUGAUGCUCUUGUUGGAGUUGAUACACCAAAGUUGAUUGUCCCAAGUGAAUUCAAGCCAACAAGUCCUAACCGAGGCUGGUUUGUCCCACCCUUUGGAGGAAACCCUUGGUGGGUGUAUCUGGCUGCUGCUUUGCCGGCUUUACUUGUUACCAUCUUAAUCUUCAUGGAUCAACAGAUUACAGGUGUCAUCGUCAACAGGAAGGAACACAAGCUAAAGAAAGGAGCUGGGUACCAUCUGGACCUGUUUUGGGUGGCUGUUCUGAUGAUUGUAUGCUCUUUCAUGGCUCUUCCUUGGUAUGUGGCUGCAACUGUCAUCUCCAUUGCCCACAUCGACAGCUUGAAAAUGGAAACUGAGACAUCAGCCCCAGGAGAGCAACCUAAGUUCUUGGGAGUAAGGGAGCAGCGAGUUACAGGUAUUAUGGUGUUCUUACUGACUGGUAUAUCCGUCUUCAUGGCACCCAUAUUAAAGUUUAUCCCCAUGCCUGUCCUGUAUGGUGUCUUCUUAUACAUGGGGGUGGCUUCACUUAAUGGAGUACAGUUCAUGGAUCGCCUGAAGUUGCUUUUGAUGCCCGCCAAGCACCAGCCGGACUUCAUUUAUUUACGCCAUGUUCCUCUACGCAGGGUGCAUCUGUUCACUUUUAUUCAGAUUGUAUGUCUAGCACUGCUUUGGGUCCUAAAAUCUACAGUGGCAGCUAUUGUAUUCCCAGUAAUGAUCCUUGCCCUUGUAGCAGUAAGGAAGGCUAUGGACUACCUCUUUUCCCAGCAUGAUCUCAGCUUCCUCGAUGAUGUCAUCCCUGAGAAAGACAAGAAGAAGAAAGAAGAUGAUAAGAAAAAGAAGAAGAAGAAGGGAAGCGUAGACAGUGACAAUGAAGAUGAGAAAAGCCAUUUACAUUCCUUGACCGACACACGUCAUGCUGAAAGACUACCAUUUCUUCAGACACACAAACAAAGCUCACCAAGUACUCCCAUACGACUUGUGCCUCAAAUUAGGAUAGAGCUUGAGCCAGAUGACAACACUUACUUCUGGAGAAGUCGAGGAACAGAGACAACAUUAUGAAACUACGAACCACUUUCUGCAUCCUCUUCGGAUCUUGCGUCAUCAAUAGCCAAACGAAAAAUCAACACUACGUUAACAUGACAUUAUAUGAUGCUCAUGCUGGCAGUUCUAAAACAGCUUGUACUGACUAGAGCACUUCCACUGUGAACUGUAUAUAAAGACUGGUGUACUGAUCCUGCUGAUUUCUGGUCAGAAUAAGUUAUUGCCUUUCUACUGUGUCCCCCCUGAAAAUUCAUAUUCUUUUUAUCACACAAGACAAAUGCCUGAUGAAAUUGUCACGUGUAUUGCUCUGAAUGCAGUGCUUCCUGUUUUUUUUUUACUGAGGCAACUAUGCAACAUACUGUAGAAUGAUCAGCAUGACCACUCCAUAUAUUAGAGCUGCUUGCAGUUCCAUGACAGAACAGAACUAUAGUAUUAAUCAACAAGAAAUAUAUACUGGUACUUGACUUGUAAAUGUAUCAAUAAUAUACAACCAAUUGCCAUAAGGUAAUAAGCCCCUAUGCUAUGCAUUCUGCUAAUAAAUACACUACGUAUUUACUGGAGAGUAUUUAAUAUAUUCUAGCCUGUCUAUAAAUUAUGGGGCCUAACCUUCAACUUAUAUAUUGUUAAUUUUUUUUAACUUUUUUUAAUUAUUGUAAAAAAUGAAUUCUUUUCCUGCAGCAGGAAACAUAUAGUUUGAAGUAGUUCUACCUCUUAUUUGUAGAAACUGGGCUUUUUUUUCUGUAUGAAUGUGUUGUACACAAUGUGAUUUAUAUUAUAACAAAAAUCUCCAUACUUAGAACUUGACAAACUCUUAAAAAAAAAAAUUGUACUUUAUACUAAAGAGAUCAACAAAGUCAUUUCAGAGGUAGGUGAUUUUUUUUUUUUUUUUUUAAUGAUGUCAUGAGGGAGACGGGGUUUACUUUUAAUCCAUUAUGUUGUGCAGAGUGGGAUGUAUGAUAGGAUUACCUAGGCAAUAAUUAAUCGUGUUGACUGGUAACAGGGAUCAAUUAAAACAUAGAAAUUAUGAUUUUUUUAAA